AUGCGACAAUGGCGGUUGUCCAAGCCAUCACCAUUUCCGAACUACCGGUCUGGUCGGCGACAGAGAUCGGACUCCAUCACCGCAGCUUACCAGAUUCAACCGGCAACUCCGCCGGCGAAACUUCUCUCUAUAGAGAACACUAUCUGGCCCCCCUCCUAUCUGCCCCACCUUCCCGAUGCCUCAACUAUCGUAUCUCCGGCGAUGGUUGAGCAGGAUCCGCCGCGAAAACUGGCCGGAUUGCUCGCUCACCGCCGCUGUCGGCUUCGGCCAGGGAGAUCGCGGAUCUCCUAUCCACGUCACCACUAG